AUGUUUGACACAGAGCCAGGGUGGAAGGUCACCAACGUGAAGUUCUGUGACAAAGGCCUUGAGCAGCAGAGAGACAGUGCCAAUGUGGACAUGCUUACACUACCACACCCCACCCUCAUCACCUGCCCACACUGCCUCCCUAUCCCCAGGUCGAUCUUUGCUGAAGAGCUAGAAGCAGAACUACUAGAACAAGAGCUAUCACCCGAUGUAGACCCAGACCUUGACUCGGAUCUGGAGACAGACCUAGAGAUCAAACCAGAGCUCAAGUUACCCUCAUCCAAGUCUGAGCCCAUGUUUGACACAGAGCCAGAGUGGCAGGUCUCCAACGUGAAGUUCUGUGACAAAGCCCUUGAGCAGCAGAGGGACAGUGUAAGUCCCUUCUCCUCCUACAAGGAGCAGAACCUCAGCCUGGGCAGCCUAAAAUCAAACCAUAGUUGCCUGAACUCCGUGGAGGAGGAACAGCUGUCCAUCGGCCAUCAUUCCGUCUCUGUGCAGACCUACAGGCACCUCUUCUGGGCAGAGAAGCAUAUUCAGGCCUCAGAACACAGCAUAGAAAGGGCAACACUCGUGGAGCCCAGCAAGAACAUCACAGACAUGAAGACCUCUAGAUGCACGGACCAGGAAUCAGUCCCCAACAUCACCGUCCCCAACAACACUGUCCCCAACAACACCGUCCCCAACAACACCCUGUCCUCCAAGAAGCAGCUCCUGUCCUCCAAGAAGCAGCUCCGGACCAAGGUAGCCAGAAGUUCCCAGACACUGUCCAGCCCCUGCCUGUCCUCUUCCAGUCUUCCAUCAGCCAUUGGCCUGGCCGACUUAGUCAACUUAGCAUCUUCCCUGGUCAUGGCCUCUAGCACCAAGGACCUGCCCAACUUGGAGCACUUAAUCAAAGCUCCAUCCCAGAAGACCAUGGACCCCACCAAGGAACCUGCUGCCCAGCCCAUCAGAGAAGAGCUGAAGCUGGAAAAGCCCACUGAUGUGCCACCAGAAAAUCCAUCAGAGAAACCACUCAAAGCUGAUGAGCCACAGGAGGUUCAGAAGGGGGAAGAUACAAACUCACCUGGUGCUUGCCUGGGUUUCAACAAGCCAGGGAUUAAGAGGGCCACCAUUGAAGGGAAAGUCAAUUUUCUCCAGCCACUGGCCUUGGCCUUAUCACCUCAAGGAGAUAGGAAAGACUCUGUGCCGGGAACUGAGAAACGGAGUCCAUUAUUGCUAAAAAUCGAUUUUAAGCUGGCAUCCUACUCUUCCCCAAAGAAAUGA